AUGACAAUCGCAACAACGGCCCUACUGCUCAGCUUGAGCUUAGGCUCCGCUGCGGCCGUCUCUAGCUUUGAGACUCUGGAGCAUUUGGGCGCCAAUUCGCCUUGGUUUGCUGGUCCAAAUGUGAAUUCCAUCCCGUCUACCGUGCCGGAGGAAUGUUCUGUCGACCAGGCAGUAUACGUCGUUCGUCAUGGAAGCAGGUAUCCCGACCCCGGGGCCUAUGAUGAGUGGCAGGCGCUUCAUGAGGCUUUCCAAUCUGCCGAGUUCACUGCUUCCGGUUCAUUGAGCUUUAUCUCCAAGUGGGCUCCUGUCUUAAAGCAUCCUGAUCAGCAGAUCAAACAGCUUUCGGUGACGGGGUACAAGGAAACGUAUAAUCUCGGCGCCGAUCUGCGCUUCCGGUACCCCGAUUUCUACGCCGACAACACCCCCUUCAUGCUCUGGGCGAACGAGUAUCAAAGAACUAUUGAUUCCGCGAGACUCUUCGCACGCGGCUACCUCGGCCCCAACGCCUCCUACGGCAACGUCAUCAGCGUGAACGCGUCUGCUUCCGAUGCUGUAGGCAACUCGCUCGCCCCAUCGGGACAGUGUCCUAACUUCAAUGACGCCAGCGGUGGUGAUCAAAGCUCCACCUGGGAUAGCAUCUAUCUUCCACCGAUCACCAAGCGCCUGAACAGUUUGAUCUCAGGAAACCUGACCUUGACCGAUAGCCAGGUCUCCAUCUUUCCGUAUCUUUGCGGCUUCGAGACGCAGAUCACUGGCAGAAGAAGUCCGUGGUGCGAUGUGUUCACGAAGAAGGAGAUCCUGGAUUAUGAAUAUCGGCAGGAUUUGCGGUAUUAUUAUGGUACCGGUCCCGGCGUAAACAAGAACAUGACCGUCAUGCUUCCCGUGCUUCAAGGAAUCGUCGAUCUCUUGCAGACUGGUCCCAAUGCUACCGCGGAGACUGGGAAGGGCAAUGUGACGCUUCCGCCGCUGGUUGUGGCGUUCACACACGACAACGAGAUUAACGAGUUGGCUUCUUUGUUGGGCGUGUUUGAUGAGCAGAAGCCGCUGUCGGGGAGGAAGAGAAUGACCAAUAGGAUCUACGCCAGCAGCCGAGUCAACCCCAUGCGAGGAACUAUCGCGUUCGAGCGAUUGAACUGUGGCGACAGCACGAACGUGCGCAUCUUGUUGAAUGAUGCGGUAUACCCUAUCCCGUCCUGCAACUCUGGUCCCGGAUACAGCUGCCCUGUCAAGCAGUACGCCUCGUACGUGUCUAACGAGAGAAAGAAAUAUGGUUCCUUCGCGUCCAUCUGUGGCCUCGAGGAGAAGGAAGUGUCGGCAGGAGAUAACGGCGCUGUGACCUUCUUCCAGGAUUUGACCUUGGAUUAUCUGAGAGUCUUUAAGCCGUAG